AAUGGUCUAUAGACUUUACUCAAGAUCAAACUAAUAUAAGCUUACCAAAUUUUUAUAAUAAUCUAUCCAUAGAAUGGUUUAUAGAAUUUAGUCAAAAUCAAACUAAUAAUAAUAACGGAAAUUUAACUCCAAAUCAAACUAAUACAAGUUUGCUAAAUAUUAAUAAUAAUCCAAUUAUAGAAUUAUCAGCAGGCAUUGCUCAAAACGAUGAGGAUCAAAUUAAUCAUAAUCUAUUUGUAGAAUAG